ACAGCACAAGCACUGCAGGACACCGUCCAUCCAAACCACACACCUCAAUCCUCACGAUGUCUUCAAGCUGGUCCAGUCUAUCAUCGGUCGAUAAGCAAGCAUUCUAUUCGAUACUUGAUGAGUAUUUUGAAUCGAGGCCCCACCUUUUUCAACAACAGUCUAGUGGAACCAAUGGCGACAAUUUCUCAGCAAUCUCGAAUUUAGCCGGUGCAAACCCGAAGAUGACAGCUUCCGCACUCAAAUCCGCAGGAGUACCACCAUCAUUAGCCAAACCAUCAAACGUAUCUGCCGCCUCAUCUGCCUCCAAACAUCUUAAUGGUAUCGGUAGUAAGGUCGGUCAGCUAUCCGGGAAAUUCAGUAAUCAUUUCGCGAAUUCAGAACAGACCCAGCAGCAACCUCAACCUCCUAAUGCCUCAUCAAAACCGGCCAAUAGCUUUACCAACUUGAACAAACUUGCAGCCACACCACCGAUCAGCAACCAGAAUUCUUUUGCUCCACCACCAACUCGUCGUGUAGCGCCUUCCACGAGGGCAUCAUCGUACUCACAAGCCCCUCCCCCACCUGCUCCUCCAGCAAGGUCAAAACCGCAUCAAGAUGAAGAAUUGGUGGAAGCUAUGUACGAUUAUGAGGGCACGAGUCAGGAAGACUUGUCUUUCAAAGAGCAUCAAAUCAUCAAAGUCACCGAGCACAUCUCAGACGACUGGUGGAAUGGACAGAUUAAUAACGGCCCUAUUGGAAUGUUUCCCUCGUCUUACGUUAAGCCGAUUUGAUAUUUUCCAUUCUGUCUAAUUCUGUGUUUUUGGUGUCUCGGCAUCCUCCUCUCUUAUUUUCCCUGUUCUUGUACACACUUAACCAUCCCUUGAGCUACUAUGAGUAAUCGCUUGCACAUUAAAUGAACUCUUCCCUCUUUAUAUUUCUUUUUUAGGAUCCGAUUUUCAUUUUCUCAUACCAUCAUCAUAUUGUCACAUCCUUGUAUUUUUUUCACAUCAUUAACGCUGAUCGUUUUUCCUACGCCAAGGGUGUACCUGUUGAAAGAACGUUUGAACAUUUUUUUACCAGAAUGUUCAUGAGGUCAACAUGUAGAUUGUGUUUGAGCCGACACACUCAUCCAAAGUGCACAGUAGAAACUAGAAUAGGGUCGUGCUCUUGCUGAUUCCGUG